AUGGAGCCGAAGCGGCAGCGGACGGCGUACACGCGACACCAAAUCCUGGAGCUGGAGAAGGAAUUCCACUUCAACCGAUAUCUGACGCGGCGGCGGAGGAUCGAGAUCGCCCACUCCCUCUGCCUCUCGGAGCGCCAAAUCAAAAUCUGGUUCCAGAACCGCCGGAUGAAGUGGAAGAAGGACAACAAGCUCCCGAACACGAAGAACGUCCGCCGCAAGAACCAACCCAAGAACCAGACCCAGUCCCAGCAGCAACAGCCGGGCGGUCAAAGUGCCGGUGGUCAGAGUGUCGGAAACAGUGCCGGGAACGCCGCGUCCUCGGGCAUCCCCCCGCCCCACGUCCCCAGCAGCAUGAUGUCCCCCCACCCCGUGGUCUCCGGGGGCCCCCCGCCCCUCCUGCACGCGGGCAUGCACCACGGCCUCUCGGGGCCCCCGCCCGACUGCGGCAUGCAGCCGUCUCACAUCAAAACGGAUUACGGCCUCACCGCCUUGUAG